CUCUUUAACAGAGGAAGAAAGAAAUAGAGAAAUAGUUUAAAGUCCUAAAAUUGAAAAGAACACAGACAGGAUAGAAAAGCGGUGGUUUGGUUUUGGUUUUGGUUUUGGUUUUUGGUUUUGGCGUUCAAUCGAGAAAGACAGGCAUGGACGAACUUGAAUUCCGAAAGCUUCUUGAUCUCUUCCCUGUAGUCCGAUCUCGCGAUUACCAUGCAGAAUCAGAGGCGUCAAGAGAGUCAACCUCUAAGUCAAUGCAGAAUGAGGCGGUAAAGGAAUGGCAGAGUGCAUGGGAUGAGGGAGAUACAAAAGAAGUUGAGAAUCAAGGAACUAGUGUGCAUGAUGAUGCAUUUUGGGAGAAGCUAAAGUCAGCAGCUGAAAGGAAGGUUGGGGCAGUAGAAGCCGAGAGGUUUUGCAAGGCUUUUCAACGAAUUCAUAGUAAACUUGUGCAUGAAGAACUGAGUUUAGAUGCUGCUCGGAGCUUUUUAAACUCGUCAUAGAGUUCUGAAGAAUGGUUUCAUGCAUGCAUUCUUCAUUUUCUAGUCCCUUGAGUACAAGAGUGUCAGUUUGGAAGAGACAUUGUUGUCUUGGAAAUGUUUGGGGUUUGGAUUAAGUUAUUAUGUGUAACAAUCAAUUAUGAAAUUAAUUUUGAAAAACUGAAUUGUUCAUAGAAA